UUCGUUUUUGAGGCAGUUUACAGAGGUCGUCUGCAAAACCACUCCGAAACCAUGAGUCUCUCUACCAAGGACAAAGCCGCCAUCAAAACUUUUUGGGCCAAGAUCGCUCCCAAUGCUGAAGAAAUCGGUAGCCAAGCUCUGUUCAGGAUGCUGACUGUUUAUCCGCAGACCAAGACCUAUUUUUCCCAUUGGAAUGACUUGAGCUAUGGCUCUGCCCAAGUGAAGAAGCACGGAAAGACUGUUAUGUCUGGCGUGGAAGAGGCUGUGAGCAAAAUCGAUGACCUGACCAAUGGAUUGCUCAACCUAAGCCAGCUGCAUGCUUUCCAGCUGCGUGUUGACCCUUCCAACUUUAAGAUCCUAUCCCACAAUUUGCUCGUGGUUCUGGCCAUCCUGUUCCCCACCGACUUUACUCCUGAGAUACAUGUGGCUAUGGAUAAGUUUCUCGUUGCCUUGUCCCUAGCUCUCUCCGAGAAGUACAGAUAAGACACUCUGCAAGCAACAGAACAGAGACACCCACACGCACAAUAUGUCUUUCUCAGAUCUAGCAAAUGUCCUUGAUUGAUCUAAAUAAAAGCCAAACUGUUUUUGGCCUGUUAUCGAAAAUAA